AUGCCGAACAACAGUGACAGUGACAAAGGUGGCUACCGUCUAGGAGCCGACGUGGGCGGCACCUUCACAGACGUGUACGCCCUCACACCAGACGGGCAAAUCGCACGGGCCAAAGUGCCCACGACAGUGGAAGACCAAAGCAUUGGAAUCAAGAAUGGCAUCAGCCGCGUACAGCAGAUGUUGAAAGAGCGAUACGCCUGGGACGGCAAGUUCCAAUUCAUCCACCACGGGACGACGGUCGCGACCAACGCCGUCCUCGAGGGCAAGGGCGCGCGGACGGGGCUGAUCGUCACCGCGGGUCACAAGGACAUCCUCGCUGUGCGCCGGUCGCAGAUCCCCGGGGGUCUCGGCGCGUGGCUGUACUAUACGCCUCCUGACCCGAUUGUCCCGCUCGAGCGUGUGAUACAGUUUGUCCCCGUGGAUGUGGAGGCGCUUCGUGGCGAGUUGAGGAAGGCUUGGGCCAAGGAGCGGCCAGAGGCUGUGGCGAUCUCGUUGCUGAAUUCGCACACGAAUAGCGAGCAUGAAGAUACGGUGACUGGGGUGGUCCGCGAGGUGCUGGGCUCUGAGAUCACAAUUAUCCGCUCGAGCGAUGUGCUUCGCGAGGUCGGUGAAUACGAACGUACCGUCACCACAUGUACCAACGCUCUUGUCAAGCCCGUGGUCCAGACGUAUCUCAGCAAUCUGCAGCGCCUGCUUGCAGAAGACGGAGAUGUUAUUCGCAUCCUCAAGUCAGACGGUGGACUGACAAGCCUGGAUCUCGCAGGGCAGCUGCCCGUGAAUAUCCUCAUGUCCGGCCCGGCUGGAGGCGUCCAGGGCGUCGCAGACGUUGUAACGCGAAACACUCCAUAUAAAAAUCUAAUUACCUUUGACAUGGGCGGAACCUCCACAGACGUCGCGCUGAUUUACCAGGGCAAACCCCAGCUUCGCCGUGAGACAGUCGUAGGCGCGCUAACAGUCCGUUCGCCCGCCGUGGACAUCCGCACCGUCGGAGCCGGCGGCGGCUCGAUCGCGAAAUAUAUGAGCAUCUCAGAAACACUGCGCGUCGGACCAGAGAGCGCCGGUGCAACGCCCGGCCCUGCAUCCUAUAACAGGGGCGGGACUGAAGCGACCGUGAGCGACGCAAAUCUUGUCCUGGGCUAUUUACCGGAUACCCUGCUGGGCGGGGAAUUCACGCUCAACGCGCAGGCCGCCUGGGCGGCGGUCGAGCACAUCGCAAAGCAGAUGAAUCUGCCGGUGACACAAACAGCCGAGGACGUGAUCAAUCUGGUGAAUGAGACCAUGUACGGCGCUCUGCGGCUCGUCUCGGUUGAGCAGGGAUAUGACCCGAAGGACUUUGCGCUUGUUGCGUUUGGAGGUGCCGGGCCUUUGCAUGCGAACGCUGUCGGCAAGCUGCUGGGUGCCUGGCCCGUCAUUGUGCCUCCUUCUCCGGGCACGGUCUGCGCCCUGGGCGAUGCGACUACGAGGCUGAGCCACUCGCAGUCCUCUUCGUUUAUAAGCCAACUCUCAGAAACAACCGCGACAGAAGUCAAGUGUUGCUUUGAGGAACUGGAGAAAUUAUCUAGAGAGACUAUGCAAUCUUCAAACUCAAACCAGGAAAUCCCGCUGAAUAUCACGUACCACGUCGACCUGCGCUACCGCGGCCAGGCUCUGAAUUUGACUGUCGAUCUAGAGCGAGACGAUCUCUCGCUAGCCGACGAGGAAUGGAGGAAGGUCCUGCAGACCAAGUUCGACCAGCUUCACGACCAGCAGUUCAAGUACUGCCUCCCCAAUUUCAAGCUGGAACUGAUGCGCCUCGAGGUCGUUGCUGUCGAUGCAAGGCCUCCCAUCAACUUCCCCCAGCUCAGCAAAGCUACAUCAAGUGAGCCACCGGCUGCGGCCCUGGUGUCGAAGAAGAAGAUUGUUGUUGAAGGUCGGGAGAUCGAGGCCGCGCUCUGGGACCGCGAGAAAGUAAGCCAGCAGGGGGUCCGCCUGGAUGGACCGUGCAUCAUCACCGAAACAGACAGCAACACUUUGAUUCUGCCUGGCUACUACGGAGAAAUCGACUCAAUUGGGAAUAUCCUCAUCCAACCAGUGGACGGUACGACACGGGACGAAAAAACAAAGAACCAAUGCCCAGAAGCUGCAGUGCAGACGGUGCAAUCAACGCCCUUGAUCCCCACCCUCAUCGCCUCUGCCCUCGCCUCGAUCCGCAGCGAGAUGGACACACUUAUGCUACGCUGCAGUAUGUCCCCCGCGAUUCGAGAGCAGCAGGAUGAAUUUAAUGUGAUUACCACGGCCGAGGGCAAGAUGCUUGUCGGCCAAUUUGGCAGUUUCAUCACGCAGUUCCUGCGAGCGUGGAAGGGCACUAUUGAAGAAGGCGAUAUGUUUAUCACUAAUGAUACGUACAUGAUUGAAGGCGCCGUGACGCACUUGAAUGACGUGGUUGUCCUCCUGCCUAUCUUCCACGAGCAUAGAUUGCUUGGGUGGGCGUCGCAGUUUGGACACCUGACUGACGUUGGAGGAAUUGUUCCAGGCAGUAUGUCUAUCAAUGCGACGUCUGUCUUCGACGACGGUGUCCAGAUCCCUUGUGUCAAACUGUACACCAAGGGAGCCAUGAACUCGGCUCUCGUUGACCUGCUGUGUCGCAACUCGCGCCAGCCAGACUGGUACCGGUCCGACCUGAUGGCGAUCAUCACCUCGUGCCGUACAGCUGCUAGUCGAGUCUGCGAGCUGGCCACACGAUUCGGAAGCGAGAUUUACCUCGCGGCCUGCAAUGAGCUUCUCCUGCGGAACCGCACCGCCAUGGCCAAGAUCAUCGACGCCGAUUUCGACCCCGAGCCGACGACAUUCACUGACUUUGUUGAUGACGACGGUCACGGCGUUGGACCCUGGGCACUCACCUGCACAACGAAGAAACUCGCUGGCGGCCGCCUCCUCUUCGACUGGAGCGGAACCUCCCCGCAGAGCGACCACAGCAUCAACUUCUAUCUCUCCGAAACCAUGUUCAAGAUGUUCAUCGGCUACUACAUGAUCGCGGCCGCGGCGCCCGGGACGGUAAUCAACGACGGUUUCCAUGACCUCAUCGACGUGCACAUCCCCGAGGGGAGCAUCCUCAAACCCGUCCGACCAGCCCCCAUCUCCUGCCGGACGCACAUGCUUGGCCGCACAAUGGAUGUUAUGCAAGCACUCAUCGCAAAAAAGAACCCCGUCUACGUCGCCGCCGCAGGCUUUAGUGACUCCCCGCACUUCUUUUACUCGGGAUACAAGCCCGACGGCGAGUGGUACCAGUUGUACCAGAUUGGAUUCGGUGGUGUCCCCGCGCGGCAGGCUGGUGACGGGCUUGACUGCCACUGCCUCUUCCCUGCGAUCAAGUCCAUCCCGACGGAGAUCAUCGAGCUGAAUUACCCGCUACGCAUCGAGGCGAACGAGAGUGUCCCCGAUAGCGGAGGGCCGGGGUUCUUCCGCGGUGGAAACGCGCAGCGCACACACUACCGCUUCCUUUCGCGUGGAGAAUUCAGUCUGCAUGAUGAUCGGUGGCUCACGAAACCGUGGGGAAUCCGUGGUGGGAAGCCGGGUUCGCGGUCCCGGAAGGUGCUCUAUCGGUACUCGAAGUCGGAGACUGAGCCGCCCGUUGAAGUCCUCCCCUCGAAAUGCGAUCAUGUCCGUGUUGAUCCCGGGGAUCUGCUUGAGUGGGUGACCUGGGGAGGUGGUGGACUGGGCGACCCCCUCACGCGACCAGCUGAGAAAGUCGCGCUGGACGUGCGUCGCAGACUCGUCACGGUCGAGGGAGCUCGUCAGAAUUACGGCGUGGUCGUGGACGCGGAAGACCUCACCCUCAACGAAGGCGAGACCGAGGCUCUGCGAAAGGCUCUCGCCGCCGCCCGUGAUGCAGCAGGAGGACUGAAGGAGGACUAUGAUCGGGGCGGGACCAUCGAGGAGUUGAGGCAGUCCUGCCUAAAGGAAACGGGCCUUGCGCCUCCGAGCCCGCAGUGGGAUGUCGAUCUCUAUGGGCCGCACAUGCGGAUUCCCUAUGUGCAGGAGUGGUACAAGCAGAUGAAGGAAGCUGGCGGGUGGAAUCUGAAUUAGUUAAGGGACUUCAUGAUGGCUUUUUUUGCGUACUUCGGGGCCAACUUAAUCCAAGCAGCGACCGGACUGAUCUCUCUAGACCAAGGAAUUAAGAAUAUCACCU